UUAUCUUAGACUAGAUGCUUUGUUUUUGUAGUUCUCUUAGCCUUGGCCAUGAGUUUUGUUGGAGCUGUAAUCGUGAGGAGCUAACAAUUGUCGUAGUUGUCUUUUCAAAAUGUCCGCAUGCAUACGGGAUCCGCCUCAGACUCUGAUGUUCUGCUAUAACUGCAAGGCGGUGUAUAGAGGAGUUCCUUUCAGGCCAUGCCCCCAAUGUUGCGCUAGAUAUCCGUUCCAGCAGCCCCUCUACUGUCCGCAGGAGUUCGAAAAGUUCUCGGCCAUGGGCUCUCCAUGCUUUCUGUGCAAACAGCCGGAUUGUCCACCCGAGGAGGAUGGGUAUGAAAAAUGUCCGGAAGAUGCCGCAGCAAAGGGAAAGGGUAAAAAGGUGACUUUAGCAAUCAACAAAAAGGGGCAAAAACAGAAAACAGAAAAACCGAAGACUAAGGCCGGAACUAAACAGACUGUUAGGGCAAACAAUGAACCAAAGCGGACGGCUAAAAAGACGCCUGGGAAAGGACAAGGACCGUCUGGCAUGCCUGGUAAAGGAGCUAAGAGUCGGGCUGCCCAAGAAGGAUCAUCCGAGCAGGGUACGGUUCCUAGCACUCAGAUGAUGCAAGGAAUGACUCCUUGUCAGUGUGGUGUUUACCCUCAACAAGGAGGAAUGCCUCUUCCGGGGACACAAGUCCCAAUACCCAGAUGUCGAAUAGGACCUUUCGGAGCUAUAGGACCUGAAGGAUCAGCACCAAAUACAAGGUAUGCAGAUCCAAGAUGUAUGCCACUGGGGUGUGGCGCACAAUGUAUGACCUGUUGUGGUCCAAAAUGUAUGCCAGGAUAUUGUUCACAAGGUAUGCAGAGAUAUGAGGCUGAUGGACAAACAUCAAAUAUUUGCGGAGCUCCUGGACCCGUAAGAUCACCGUAUUCACAGCCUGGUUUUCCCAAUGGGCAAUAUGGGGCUGGCACGCCUCCUGGAUGUCCCCCAGUACGGGCAGCGGGACUGCCCAGCGAACGUGGGCAACAGUUUGAUCCCUGCACGGGGGAACUCGUGUGCACAUGUCGAGCUCGGUGCGAUUUGUAUUCAAGGAAAUCGCCACAAAAGAAUGAGAGCUAUGGAGAAGGCUGUGAUCAGUACAAUCGAAAAGUAGAAGCUUUUCAGCGCGUGCUCAAAUCGCUGCAAUUGUGUUAUCCAGCGAAUGGUUUGCAGGACUGCUGUCUCCAGCUGCCCAUCGACCUAGAGAUGGCCAACAAGACGGGUGAGGGCGAACCCAAGAGGACAAAGAAAUCGUCACCGAAACGCAAACCUUCCAAAAGCGAUACAAAUGGCAAGAAGGCUGCCUCCCCUGCAGUUGCACCCGAUGCCAAAUCAAACGCAUCAGUGUCGCCUUCCACCCAACAGCCAAGUGGGGAAGACACAAAGGCUGUAACGCCUGACGCAUCCACCGCGAAUGCUCCCUGUACGUGUCCCCCUGCACUCAGUUCGCGACCAUCGAUGCGCUCCUUCUGCUGCAACACCAGCUGCAUGAUAAGUUCCGACGAAUGCACGCAGACGGCAUCGGGAAAGUCCAAUAAGUACCCAUCUAAUUGCACGCCAGAUCAGUGCGAACCAGCAGCAGAACCACAACCACCCAGUUCCUGCCAAAUCUGCUGCAAUGGCAACUGCAAUUCCUGCUGCUGGCCCUACUACUACUGCUACAACCCAUACACUGGCUGCUACUACUGGUACCCGAAUCCCAAUUGCUGCAAUGGCUGCCAAAGUUGCUGUGCGCCGAAUCCUCUGGAGAAGAUACCCGAAAAACCCCAGGGCAAGGAAGCAGCUCCAGGGAAAAGACCAUCAGCAGCAGCAGCAGCAGCAGCAGCUGCCGCUGCCGCAGGGCCCAAAGGAAAGAAGAAAAAUGAUAGGAAAGUGGGCGGCGGGCCAGAGCUGAUGAAGAAGAACAAUCUCUACGACGAAAGAAUGAGCUGCAACCAGAGUUUCAGCCUGGGCUGUAACCAGGGCUGUAACCUAAUAUGCCCCAAACGCCAAACUGCAGCCGCCCACAUCAGCCAUUUGAGGCAGGCUCUUAUCCCUGGCUAUUCUCCCACAGCGCAGCCCCGUGACUUCUCCCCCUUUGGCCAGAUUGGAGUGGCCCGCAGAAUUGGAGGCAAAAACUGUUGAUCCAAGUGUCGGGUGUAGCAGGCCGACUCUCAGAUCUCGCUUGGACGUGAAAUGUGCACGACUCGGACGACAUGUUCUCCUCUAUGUCUCGAAAUUAAACGUUGAAUACUUUUUUACCACCUUAAAAAACUCUUGAAAAACACA